AUGGCCACCACCCACGCGCCGCCGCCGCCGCCUCCUCUACCUCUGCCGCUGUCCCACUCCCACCGCCGCCACCGCGCCUCCUCCACCUCCUCCUCGUCCUCCUCCUCGCUCUCCACCGCCUCCUCCUCCUCCGCGGCCUCCUCCCCCUCGCCCUCCCCGCGGCGGACCGGCGGCGCCGCGGCGGCGACCUCCGUCGUGCCGUUCUCGUGGGAGCACCACCCCGGCAUCCCCAAGAGCUCCCUCCCGGACGGACGCCACCACCCGUCCAACGACUCCCCGUCCACGCCGCCGCCGCUGCCUCUGCCCCCGCCGCCCCGCCGCGCGCCGACGCACCCGUCGUCUCGCCACCGCCGACGCCACCACCGCGCCAGCAACAAAAGCAGCGGCAGCGGCGGCGGAAGCAACGGCACGACGCCGCCGCCGCACUCCGACCCCUUCGCCGCCGCGCUCGCCGAGUGCACCAGGGAGCGCGCCGCCGCCACCAUCGACGACCUCUUCCCCGCACCGCCGCCGCCGCCGCCGUCCUCGCGCCGCUGGUCCAUCGCGGCGGCCGGCGUCGGGCUCCUCGACCUGUACGGCUGCAAGAGCGCCAUGGCCGUCGCCGAGGGCGCCUUCGUCGUGCGCCGGCCGGUGGCGACGGCGGCGGCGGCGGCGCGCCCGUCCGGGCCCAGACGAAUGGGCCUGCAGGGCCGGGCCGGACGGUGACGUGGAUCCAUCAGCCCUGGGCUCGGGCUCGGGUUAGGUACAUAAAUAAUGAAUCCAUGUGUGAAACUCCAAACUCUCAAAGUGCUGGGAUCUAAAAGAAAAGGGAAAUUAAUUUCCUACCUUUUUCUUUCUUUUUUUUUAUUUUUGUUUUUCAAUUUCGCCUGUAUUCUGAUGGUGAUUUGGAUGGAGAUAAUACAUCUCACCUUGUGGUAUGGCGAUCUUUAUGUUAAUUAAAUAUCAAUAGUGCUUCUUGUUGGUAGUGUGUAUGCAAAAUAAUCUUUCAGGAAAAAAAAUUCUCAU